UACCCUCUCCAUUUAUGUACUCUGUUUGUUUUGAUAUAAACUAUGGGGAGCUCUUUCUUUAUUGCUAAAAGGAGGAGGAGUAGUACUUUGGGAAAGAAUUCUUUUGGGCCAGUAUGGAAACCUUUUUACUUAUAUUCCGGGCAUGCCGAUCAAACUUUACUUGUGGUGGCCUCUUUUCUCUUUAUUAUCGCUGGAUUUUUGUUUUUAUCGGCCGUUUAUACUAUGUAUUGGGGGACGUUUAGCGGAGGAAGAACAUUCUACAUUGAUAAUACGGAUGUUAGCAAACUUAAGUUUCUCUCCUCUAAUAAGACUGAGCUUCCCAGCAGUCAUUUUAGUCUUCACAGCAUUCAGUUUCCUGACUACGGCUACAAUAACGUGCUCUUGUGUUUGGAAAGUACGAAAGUUGAGCACACGAGUGACGAUCGGUUGUUUUCCUUUUCGGUGUGCAGUUCUUAUUUGACUGCUUGCAACAUUCUGUCCUAUUGUGGAACCACGUUUACCUUCCUUACACCGCUGUUUUUGUUCUGGCGCUCUAGAAAGGCAACCGUUAUGACUAUUAUAGGAUUUGUGGCGCUUGUACUUAACCUCCUUGUCUUGGUGUUGUACGAAUUUUAUUUUCUCAACGAACCUUUUACCUACUACGGAGUGGGAUAUAACCAUAUUCGCGAACAAUAUGAACACGGAUCUUCUUUCUGGAUUUACGUUUCGGGCUUUUUCGUUCUUCUUCUGGCUGAACUGGUUGUAUUGGCGUCCAUUAUCUUGAAAAGUUGCCAGUCAUGAUGAGAGAAGAAACAUUUUGCCAUCAUUGGGGAUACUAAAGUUAAAAGCAUCAAGACCGUAUAAUUGGAAGGAAAUACGUAUAGGUCGCUGAGAUUUUUCUUAGGCCGGGACCUUUAAGGUUGAACAAAACAAAUAACUCAGGGAUCUUCAUAUGAAGUUUACAUAACCUUGGCGUUUUCUGUUUUGUCAUAUUGUAGUAGUAUAUUAAAAGUACUCAGCAAAACUUUUUAAAUAAUUCAUCUAGUGUGUUACCGCACAAGCUUAGUGUUGCUCCUGUGAACCUCAAAUGCGACCUACUUUAGUAGUAGAACUAUUAAGAGCAAAAUAAUAGCUUAUUAACACGGUGGAUUUCGCUUUAAUAUUGCUCCGAAUAGCAACGCUUAUUGCAGUUUUACAUCUUCCUCUUAUUUCACCUUUAAUUAUCAAACACCUUCCUAUUGGACCAAAAAUGGCUUCUGUAAAUCGGGAAGAGUUAUUACUCCCGCUCAACGCAACAGAGAAUAUCCAUAUUUUUUGUACCCUAACCUUAACAUGAAAUAUUUUUUCCUGGAUAAUAUACGCUAUAAGUUAUGACUGAAAAAAUGUUUAUUAAAUCUUUAUUUAUGUAAUGCUGCACCAAGAGGAACUAAUUCAAAGGCUCAUUGAAUCCGGGACGGCCAGUAACGGCUUUUGCACUUAUAUGAAAGCUCGUGAUUGGAAUGACCUGAAAUAAGCUGUGCUACCACCCCCCAAGAAAUGUAAUUACUUUUCUAUGGACCAAAGGAAA